AAUAUAUGUAUUUAAUUUUUUAUUAAUUUCGAAAGUGACUGACCAACUCGUUUUGGGUUAUUUUGACAGAAAUCGCUUGGAAACAUACGAGGAAAUAUCGAACGAACAAAACGACACCGAUAUCUUCGGAAAUUUAACUUUUCGUUUCACUUGCGAAGGCAUGUCGUCCGGUUUUUAUGCAGAUAUGGAUUACAACUGCAAGAUUUUUCACGUUUGUGACAAUGCCGGCAACGGAUUCCCGGUGAUAUGUUUCAACAAUACGAUAUUCAAUCAGAAACAACGUAUUUGCUCAGACGAGGAAGACGUCGAUUGUCUGCGCGCCCACGAGUGGUACUAUUUGAAUGCGUUGACUUAUUCUGCGGAAAUUGAAAUGAAAUCCGUCAUGGAGGAAAUCAAAUACGAAAACGAGUCAAAAACGAUCGAGGAAGAAAUUCCUUCCGUUUUGCCGCUUCUAGUUGACUAGAAGUACAUAUUUUGUAUUUUAAUAUGUUAUAAUUUUUUAACGUGUUAUUUUG